AUGAUGAUGAUGAUGAUGAUGAGAGGAAACAACCAAAUGAAUGCUCAAAGCGAGGGCGGCAACAACGGAGUGAGAGAUGAUGGAAUGGUGUUGAAAAGGGGCUCGUGGACGACGGCGGAGGAUGCGUUGUUGACGGAAUACGUGAGGGCUAAUGGCGUAGGGAACUGGAACUCGGUGCAAAAGAACACCGGGCUGGCUCGAUGUGGGAAGAAUUGUAGGCUUAGAUGGGCUAAUCAUUUAAGACCUAACUUGAAGAAAGGACAUUUUUCUUUACAAGAAGAAAGGAUGAUUAUUGAGUUGCAUGCUAAGAUGGGAAACAUUUUUCUCCAAAUUCAGCCUCGACUCCACCACCUCUUAAUAGCCCUUCCAGUUCGACACCACCACCACCUAUCUCCCCCCUUCCAUCCCCCCAAAUCCAACCGCCUUUCCCAACUCUUCCUCUCUUCGAUUAUGAUUUCUUCCAUGACAACAAGCGGUUCAAGCACGAUGAAAGCUACAGCAACAACAACAGCUUCAUGUUGUCGUUUUUACUUGGAAAACUACUUGAACCGAGUGACACUCGAUGUUGCUUCUUCGUCAAGCAAUAACCUUUAUCAACCCUAUCUUGAUUCCGUGUUGUUCUAUCUGUUCAAAACGGACCAAGAGUCGAGUGAUGGUUUGUUGGAGGAUAUGCUGCAAGAUGCUCAAGCGUUGGCUGCCGAAACCAAUGGCGGCGGCGGCAACAAGGAAAUGUCGAAAGAGAUGAACAUUACCGCAACUCAACAUGAUCAAGAGGAAGAAGACUACUCGAAGCUAAUCAAUGACGAUGGUCCGACGUCCAUGGGCAUGGAAAUUAACGAAUGGUGCAACAAUAGCGGCGAAAGCUCCGACCUGCAACCCUCGGCUAUCACAGAUAAUGAAAAUCAACUAGCUCUUGCCAGUGUUCGAUCCUCAGACAACUUUCCGGGAAUUUUCUAA